UUUAUUGGUCCAAUCACCUGCGUCUCACGUGCCAACCCGUCCUCUCCUCUCCACCGUCGGAUCCGCCCUUAGAUCUUCAUAACCAGUGUACUAUAUGAUUCCUCUCUGCCCAGAACCCCCCCAUAAUCACUUGUCUUAAACACACACAGGUAGAGAGAGAGAGAGAGAGAGAGAGAGAGAGAGAUUCUGAAACAAUUAAGGUGGUAAUGGAAAUUGGGAGGAUUUAGAAUUAUAAAUUGAAUAUAAUUAGUUAUUGCAGGAGGUGGUCGUCAUAUAUAUAGCGGAUUAAACCAAGGAGAGGUUUGCUUUUGUGGUUGGGCUAGUGGGAAAGUACUAAUAUUGUUGUAGGGAGAGAGAGAGAGAGAGAGAAAUGGGGAGGGGGAGAGUUGAGCUGAAGAGGAUUGAGAACAAGAUCAACAGGCAGGUGACCUUUGCAAAGAGAAGGAACGGACUAUUGAAGAAAGCCUACGAGCUUUCCGUUCUUUGCGAUGCCGAGGUUGCUCUCAUCAUCUUCUCCAAUAGAGGAAAGCUGUACGAGUUUUGCAGUAGUUCAAGCAGCAUGCUCAAAACACUUGAGAGGUACCAGAAGUGCAACUAUGGAGCACCGGAGACAAAUGUAUCUACAAGGGAGGCCUUGGAAUUGAGUAGCCAGCAGGAGUAUUUGAAGCUCAAGGCACGUUAUGAAGCCCUACAAAGAAACCAAAGGAAUCUUCUUGGAGAAGAUCUUGGCCCUUUAAGUAGCAAAGAGCUUGAAUCACUUGAAAGGCAGCUGGAUAUGUCAUUGAAGCAGAUCAGAUCAACACGGACCCAAUGCAUGCUGGAUCAGCUCACAGAUCUUCAGCGAAAGGAACACAUGCUUAAUGAAGCAAACAGGACACUGAAACAAAGGUUGUUUGAGGGAUACAAUGUACAUCAACUCCAACUGAAUGCAAAUGCUGAGGAUGUGGGAUAUGGCCGGCAACAAGCUCAUCAUCAACCUCAGGGCGAGGGCUUCUUCCAACCCUUAGAGUGCGAGCCCACGUUACAAAUUGGGUAUCACCAGAAUGAUCAGAUACAAGUUGUGACGGCCGGGCCGAGCGUGAAUUACAUGGGAGGAUGGCUGCCAUGAUAACAAUAAGAACACAGAGAGCAAGCAACUCUGUGUGGUGAAGCCAUGCAUGCACGUUAUGAUGUUUGCAGCUGUAUGUUUAUGUUUGUUUCAUUAUGUUUUCAUUUUUAUAAUUCUGAGCAAAACAAACCGAUCAUCAACUUGUAAUAGUAUGGAUUUAUGUCAUAAUUAACUCUGAACAUUAGAGUUGUGCGUGCGUGCUCUCGAGCACUCGCUUCUUUUAGCUUAUCAAGCUUGCUUUGCAAAAUUAAUAAUUACUAGUACCCCUUUGCAUAGAGUGUAAAAACUUUGCUGUCUGACCAAUUUGGGGCAAGCUUGUUGGUAAUAAUAUAUUAUAAAAUUACUGUUUGACCA